AUGUUAGCGUCCGUCCCACACAUGGAAUCGGUACGCUCUUAUUCUGGAACGCCCACUGGCUCCAUGCGACAGCCAUCUUGGGAGGACUUGGACGCUGCUCAGCAGCUGAUCUCGUCUGCGCAAGCGGGUCGCGAACACCUCACUCAGCACCAAGGUGAUGCUUCUAGUCUCAAGGCAUCACGGAGUCCUCCGCCAAAUCAGGGAUUGGUGACGGGCCAAUUGAGUCGGGAAACAUCCGCUAGUGCGCAGGACAAAACGUCGCCAAGAGCACAGAAGGAUACCUCAUUUUUAGGACACUCUUGCAGUAAUUGUGGAACGAAAUCCACUCCACUUUGGCGCCGGGCUCCCACGGGAGCGAUGAUCUGCAACGCCUGCGGUCUUUAUCUGAAAGCUCGGAAUGUCGCUCGGCCCACGAAACGAAAUCGCAUGCAACAAGGCCCCGAGGCUAACAAGCCGGCGGUGCAUAACCACCAGCACAAUCAUUCGACUCCGGUAGAGGGAGGUUGCAAGGGCUCUUGCCCCGGUGGUGGAAGUUGCAAUGGUACCGGUGGAGCAGAAGGAUGCGAUGGCUGCCCGGCCUUCAACAACCGUAUCUACAAGGCUUCGCAUCGCGGAGCCGCACCGGUUCACGGUUCAUGGGGCCGCACGUCAGCCCCUGAGGCCGAGUCUUUGCCUCUGCCUCAAGAGCCGGAAGCUCCCGCUAAAAGCAACCCUGCCGAUGGCAACUCGACGCUGGUUGCAUGCCAGAAUUGUGGAACGACUGUGACUCCUCUGUGGCGACGGGAUGAGCAUGGCCAUCCCAUUUGUAAUGCCUGUGGACUGUACUACAAGCUCCACGGCUGCUAUCGCCCCACAACGAUGAAAAAGUCGAUUAUCAAACGUCGUAAGCGCGUUGUGCCUGCUUUGCGGGACCAGUCUCCCACUGCUGCUACCCAGUCCUCAAAUGGAUCAUCUGUAUCCCCUGAGGCAUCCCCAGCUGUCCUGGCUCAUCAUGAUGAGAAUUAUCGCUACAUGAGCAGCGAGCCUAUGGAAUACCCGCGCCCUACUUCGUUUGCUCCACCUCCAGUGGACUUCACUGGCUUCCACAUCAGCUCCGCUGCCGUCCCACUUCACACUCUUCCCAAACUGAUGGAGCCAGAGCGCCUCGGUGAUUCUCCUGGGCCACAAUUUGGACGACGCUCUGCGUCUCCAAACACUCUUGGCCUACCAAAAAAGCGAACCAUCGCUGAAGCUUCGGAAGCCGACCCGAUUGCGACCUCCUUGGAUUCCGGAUCGAACCAGCUGCCACCCAUUAUUUCUUCGACUAACCCCUCUCCUCAAGGCCGCCUGAGCUCGAUCUCCUCCAUUCUGAAUCAAGCAGAUCCCCACGCCCGUUUGACUCCCCCGCAUAUCGGCCGGCCUCAGGCAUACCAGCCCCCCAUGGCCUCAGCAUCGAAUCAAGCGCAGACUCUCCCGGGCAUCUCUUCUCUCUCAGAUCCUGUCGCCGACCGCGAACGCCGUGCUAGAUUAGAACGUGAAGCUGAACAGAUGCGUGAAAUGCUACGUGCUAAGGAGCGCGAAUUGGCAGAGAUGCGCCAAUAA